AUGGCAUGGGGCUCUGGCAGCGGCUGGGUGGAGCCGGAGGUGCAAGAUGCACAUGAUACGCUGGGGGCCCUCGGUCGUGCGAAUCGUGCAACUCAACUGGCACACCACUUGCACACCUUCAUCGAGUCCAACUGUGGCAAGAAGUUCACGGCACUGAGCGGCGAGUUGGAGCGAGCAGAAAAGGGAUCGGCCAUUCAGGCAGCGAGCCUUCAGCGCAAGCUUGCCGUGCUUGGCAUCUACAGCACUCAGCACAGGAUGUUUGAAUCUUGGAACAACACCUCGGAAAUCGUGACCUGGGCAAGAUGCUCGGAGAGGUAUGGCCUCGGAUGCCGCUGUGCCGAAUGUAUGGCCAGCUUGGAAUUAGUUGCAGAUGGACUACCAUGCAGCAAAGCCAUGAAACACCAGAUUCCACCAGACCCAGCAAUGCAUGGUCACGGUCCCUCAGACUCGAUACUGCCCGAAACGGAAAGCAACGAUGGCUUCCGAGACCAUCUGGAGUUAUUUCUUGCUGCCGGCGCGCACUUAGCAGCAGCGACCUCUGCUAUGGCCAGCAGCCCUGAGAUUGAGCGCGAAGCGGCGGACCAAGGACUACAAUCCAGGAUGCCAGACGUGCCUUCUCCAAGCAAAUCACCUCGUGUUGCAGAUGCAAGAUCAUCACCGGAAAUGUUGGGGAAGCCGGACACAGGGAGAGGUUAUGGUGCACGGGCUGUCGUAGCGGUGCAGAGGCAGAAGAAAUGCGACACCUCACAUGCCCUUCAACAACAUCUCCAGACGAUCCUGAAUGCCACCGCAGAAAAUUCAGGCUCGCUUUUGCAAGAAGCAACUGAAGGACGCGAGUUGACCAGUGCAGAUGACAGCGAAGAGUUGCUUUCAUCUUUCCUUGAGAAUGUGUCGAAAUCAGUCCGGCAACAUCAACUCCAAAGCCAAGAGGCGUCGAAGGCACAAUCGGUGCACUCAGUUGACCACUCAAAAUGUCCAGAGGUUGCUACCACGGUUGACGCCCCCUUCUCAGAAGAGACAGGUGAUGCCCUGGAUGCGGGGAGCCUUCAAGAGCACCCAGCACAGGAUUUCGGCGCUUCGCGUACUGAGAGAGAAGGAGCAUCCGAUGUCACUGUCCAAGCACAUCCGCCGCUUGGAGCCCGUGGCCGGAAGACCAACCCUGAGAACUGGAAGAGUGCAAGCGCAUUUCUUCGCUCGGCCGAGGAGAAGGUUGAGGUUGAGGAGAAGACAGCCACAGCCCACUAUCCGGAGAUCGUGGAAGAGCAACGGUUGCUGCAGAGGACUGACCUACAGCUCCAAGCCCAAGCAGCCAUGCUUCGCAUCACUGCCAAGAAAAUGCACCGGGGAGCGCUGCAAGCCUGCAUUCAGAGACGGGAAACAGAUGCAAGUCUUGAGCAUGCUCGAGCUACAGAGCGCCGGACACGAGAUGCUCAGCAGGUUCUGGCGUCGCUUCGAUCUUCAACUCCAAGAGGUCUCCAAAAGGCUUUGGUGCGAUGUGUCGAGGCGACGGUGGCGGCGCUUGACGCCGAGAGAAGCUAUGCAGGCACAAAAGACCUGCCUGACUUGGAGCGCGAAGUUGCACGAGCAAUGCAGUCGAUAAGUCGGUGCCGUCGGCUACUCCUCGACAUGGUACAAGCUGCGACGCCUGCACCACCACAGCUGGGUGGCGAGGGUCGGAAUGUCUUUUUUGAACCGGGCUCCAAGCGGCACAAGCAAUGGGCAGACGUAUACGCGGAUUUAUUGCAGAUCGAAUCCAAGGACACUUCGACGAUCACUCUCCACACAGGGCAAGGCAUAGCAUGGGCCAAGCUGGCCAAAGUAGCUGGUGUACCCGGUGGGCUCGGCGAGCCCACGCACGGCGUCUGA